AUGCUUCAGGCAACCAAGAAUGUACCACGCGCAGCGCUACUGUGCCUCGUCAUUUCCAUCGCGCUCUUCGCGCCGUGCGCCGUGCGCGGCGCGCCGCAGGGUCCCGCCGCGACGUCGAUAGCGGCGACACUGGCGAGCGCGGAGUCGCCGUCGCAGUCGUUCAACGUGUCGCUGCUCGUCCUCAACGCCACCGGGCUGCUCGCCAAGCUGCCCUCGCUCGUGCCACUCACUCUCUUCGCGCCCACCGACGCCGCGUGGCGCGCCGCUUUCCACGCCCUCGCCCUGCCGUAUCUUAGGGCCUACAUUCCCUUCCCCGGCGCCGCCGUCUGCGGCGAGUCCCCCGGAAGCCCGGGCAGUCCGGGGAACAGCUCGGGCGGUUCGGACGCCGCCAAUUCCGGUGGCAUCGCACAGCCGACCCCAGCGCCCGGUGUUGCCCCCGCUGCGGGAGGCGCUAGCGGCGGGGCGAGCGCGGCGAUGAUUCCCAGCCUUCCGCAAGUUGACUUGCCGCUGCCCGGCGUUCCCGACGUGGCGAUUCCUCGGAUUCCCGCCGGGUCAGACGGAUUGAAUUCGACAAUACCUGUGGAUAACAUGACGAUUUCCAUGCCCAAUCUCAAUAUGACCAUGCCCGAUUGCAACUCGACCUUUCCCAAUAUAAACAUGUCCAUGAACAACCCGUUGACUUUCGACAAGCUUCUUGCCGCAUUGAGUGCCGUGUUUUCCGGCGACGGGACGCCCGCGUCGCUGGCGGCGCUGGCGAAGGAGCGGCCCGAGGCGCUCAAGGCUCUGUCGAAGCUCCUCGCAUACCACGUGGCAACGACGGCGCUGAACGCGGCGGCCAUCGCGGCGCAGUUCACGGCGGAUGCGGGCAACCUGACGACGGUGAACGGGCAGGGGCUGUGGAUCAACUACAAUAAGAGCGAGUCCGCCGCGCUGCUCAACGCGUACUCGCCGGCGGAGCGCGCGCGGAUCAGCGAGGGGAUAAGCGUGGGGUACGACGGAACCAUCUACUACCCCAACGGCACCACCGUCGCCGCCAACGGCACCGUCAUCUUUGACCCCUUGACGACCCCCUCGCCAACCAAAGGCGACAGCUUGGUGGCGCCGCGCGGCGUGGCUGGCACACAGAUGACGAUGAAGCUAGCUCCCUUGAUGGGCGGCCCCGCCGAUGUGCCCCCCAUUACCACCAUGCCCGCCCCCGCCGACUUGCCCCCCGCUGAUAUGGUCCCCACCGAUAUGCCGCCCAACAUCCAGGUGGACCCGAUCCCGGGGUUCAUGGGCGGGUGGGGCAACUGGGGCAACUGGAGCGCGGAUGCGCAGCAGCAGUGGUGGGGGAAUGCGACAGAGUGGAUGAAUGGGGUCGUGCCGGGGCUCAACGUGACUGCCAGCGAGUACCUCGCGUGGCUCAACUCCUCCUCCCCCUGGGUGGCAGGCUCUAGUAUGACGUGGGAGCAGGCUGGCAGCGACAUGAACGUGGCUCGGGUGGUGCGAGCUGAUCUGAUGGACAGCGCUGGCAUGGUGGUGCAUGGCGUCGAUGGCGUGCUCUUCCCCCACCUGAGCGACUUUCCUCCAUCCCCCAAGGGGGAUGGAGGAAGAGAGGGUGAUGUGCCUCUGCCCAUUGCCAUCCCUGUUGUGGCCCCUGGUGGCGUUGAUAACAACAGCGUGAACGUCGCCGACACGAAUGGCACUGCGACUGGCGUUGCUAACAACAGUGCUGGGGGGGGUGCUGGUGCUGGGUCUAGCAGCAACAGCAGCAGCAGCAGCAGCAGCAGCAGUGGUGGGCAGGAUGCAUCUAAGAGUGCGGCGAGUGGCACGCCAGCACCACCUGUUGGGGCACCCCCUGCGGGUCAAGCACAGAGCAAGGCUGCUGCAGUCCCCCUCCUCUUGACUGCUGCGCUCUCCCUCGUGGCUCUGCUAUAG